UUUCAUCCUCAUGGGGACUUCUUUAUCUAUAUUUAUAAAUACACGUUUUCACAAUCUAUCGUAAUCACAUGAACACAUUGUUACACACACAUUCUGUUUCCAUUAAUUCAAUCAUGCUCUCUUUCAAUGUUGGUCUUUACCUUCUCAUUGCCUCUCUCGUCGUCUUCCACAUGAUUCCUAGUCCAGUGGCCUGUGAUGACAAGGAGAAGGAUCUGCUUCGUGACAUCAACACUUACAGAAAAGUUUUGAACCUUCCUGUUCUGGAUGAGAAUAAGAAGGCUUCGUGCUUAGCUGAGGAGAUUGCAGACGAUCUAGAACACGCGCACUGUGAAGAUUUUCGUGACUACUACCCUACGCCUGGUAACAACUCCAAAAUCCCCAACUUCCAAAAGAACAUUGACAAAUGCAACAUCAACAUCAACGCCACCGCAGAAGGGGUCAUCAUGCCUCUCUGUGUCCCCAAGUUGAGCCUCGAUGACCUGUUUUCCAACUACACCAAAUCCAAUCGCUUCACCAAAUACCUCAAUAGUUCCAAGUAUAAAUCUGCAGGGGUUGGCUCCGAAGAUGAUUGGAUGGUUUUUAUUGUUAGCACCAACACUUCUUCUGGAGAUUUCUCCUUCUCCUCUGCGUCUUCUCUGCUUCCUCACUUCCUCAUGCUCGCAUUCUUCUUCACCACGCUUCUUCUUUUCUUCAACUGAAUCCAUUCUUUUCUUUUACCCCUUUCUUCAUUUAUUGCUGUAAUUUUGUUUACAUUCGCAAUUUGCAUGUGAGAACAUCACCGUUCACGUACUUGUAAUUGUAAUUGAUCAUGUAUAUUGGUAUCUGACAUGGUGUUCUAGGGUUGAAAUUUGAGUAAAAAUAAGAGUUUAUGUUUAAUUGA